AUGAGCAGAGAUUGUUUUUUACCUUUUGCAGUACUUGGAUGUUUUUUUAAAUCACUCAAUAUUGUUGGCUCACAUGAUAAAAUAACAUAUGUCAUUCAAACAUUUUUAAAUGAUCCAUGUUUACCAAGAAACUCAAAAGAGAUUUUGAUUCAAAAAAAAUAUGACAAAUUCAUUUGGCGAUGUACAGUUGCUUAUGGUGUAUUGGCUGAAACAACAGCAAUUUGUUUUACAUUUGGAUCAUUAUGGUUGGAUUUGGGACCAGGUGUAUUGCCUUUUCCUGCCUGGUUACCAUACAAACAUGAUACUGGUACCUGGUACUGGUUUGCAUAUUCAAAUCAAAUAGUUGCAGGGAUUAACUCAACAACUUUUGCAAUUGGUUAUGACACUUUGAUACCUAGUCUCAUGAUUCAAAUUGUAUCAAAAUUCGAAAUUCUUCAGCAUAUUUUAAAUAUUGAUAAAUAUCAAAAAUUUUCACAAGAAUGGACAGGUGUAAUACUUUAUCUUUGCUGUAUGCUAUCACAAAUAUUCAUUUUAUGCGCUGCUGGAAAUGAAGUGACACUUGUAAGCAGUCAACUUGGAAAAGCAGUAUAUAGUAUAAACUGGACCCAUUUAAAUAAAAGUACAAUUAAAAGUCUCAUUUUAAUAAUGAAUCGUUCGUUACAUCCAAUUGUAUUUACAAGUAAAAAUAUCGUAACACUUUCACUUGAUUCAUUUAAAAGUCUUAUAAAAAUUUCAUAUUCAACAUAUAACGUUCUUCAUCGUACAUAA